UACAUUUUGUUCUUGUGCCUCGCGGCAGAAACAAAAGGUUAUCGGAGAAUUAAUUAUUGCAAGUAGCAAGCACUCUAACUUGUUUUAUCAAUAAGUAAGAAAAUGAAGUGCAUGUUUUGUGUGUUUCUCGUAAUUUUUGCGUUUUGCCGAUAUGUGUAUGCAGAAUGUCCUGUGAUUGUAUCCAAGGAUGAAUGGGAUGGGCUGACACCGUCGCAUGUAGAAUACCUGAAGAGACCGGUAGACCUGGUCAUCAUCCAGCACACAGUAACCGGUACCUGCAACACUGACGACGCCUGCGAGAGGAUCGCCAGGAGCAUACAGACCUACCAGAUGGACCAACUCAACUACUGGGACCUGGGAAUGAAUUUUCUGAUCGGAGGUAACGGCAAAGUGUACGAGGGCUCUGGCUGGCUGCACGUCGGCGCUCACACAUACGGUUAUAAUAGAGACUCCAUUGGCAUCUCAUUCAUAGGCAACUUUAAUGAUGAUACUCCAACUGUUAAGAUGCUUGAAGCCGCUCAGAAUUUGCUGCAGUGCGGCGUGGACGGGGGGCAUCUGAGUCCAAAGUACCGUCUCGUUGGUCACAAACAGCUGAUAGCCACGGAGAGUCCAGGACAGAAGCUGUACAGAGAGAUCAGACGCUGGCCGAACUUCCUUGCUGAUGUGUCGUCGAUCAAAAAGAACUGAGUUGAGAAUCUGUGUGGUAUUCCUCUGAAAGAACUUGUGUACAUGUAGUAGAGACUAGAAAUUGAGUUUUGAAAGAGAAAAAACGUAAAAAAAAUAUAUCUUCCUUAUCAGUUAUUAUACUUUUUCACAUAAGAGAACAAGUAUUUCACCAGUUUAAAUAAAGUCGACGUUUCGUAACUAA